CGGCUAUCGAGGACCCAUGGACCGAUAGGUUUGGCCAAAUGAAAACAUUGCCGGAGAAAAAAGCGGAAAUUGUCAAUUAAUCCGUGAACACAGGAUGGGGGACCAACAGCAGCUGAUCCUGGCCACCGGCGGCUAUGACCACACAAUAAAGGUGUGGCAGGCGCACACGGGCAACUGCAUAAAGACAAUGAGAUUCGUGGAGACCUCGCAAGUGAAUGCGCUGGACAGGACGCCGGAUAAGACGCGUCUGGCGGCGUGCGGAUACCAGUGCAUCCGGCUGUACGACCUGGAGUCCAACUGCACCGCACCGGUGAUCAAUUUCGAUGGCGUGCAGAAGAAUGUGACGCGACUGGGCUUCCAGGAGGACGGCAACUGGAUGUUCACCGCCGGCGAGGAUCAUCACGUUAGGAUCUGGGACAUGAUCGCCGCACCGCCCCACUGCUCCCGCGUCUUCGACUGUGAGGCGCCGGUAAAUGCCGCCUGUUUGCAUCCCAAUCAGGUGGAGAUCGCCAUGGGCUCGCAGAAUGGCAGCGUCUUUCUGUGGGACGUCAAGUCGGAGCGACACGAACGCAUCGUGCCCGAGGUGGAUGCAUCCAUUCAGGAUGUGGCCAUCUCGCCGGAUGGCAGAUACCUGGCGGCGGCCAAUAACAAGGGCAACUGCUACAUCUGGUCGCUGACCAGUCAGGAUCAAAAGAUGAGCACGCUGCGGCCGACCAAGAAAAUUCCGGCACACUCUCGCUACAUACUGCGCUGCAAAUUUAGCCCGGAUUCCAGGCUCCUGCUAACGACCUCGGGCGAUGGUACGGUGGGCAUUUGGAAGACGGAUGACUUCACCAAAUGGCGUGAGCUGUGCAUCGAGAACUACUGGGUGUGGGAUGCCGCCUUUAGCGCCGAUUCCAAGUGGCUGUUCACCGCCUCAUCCGACGGCAUUGCACGGCUGUGGAAGCUGCAAACGAAGAGUCCCAUCAGGGACUAUACCGGUCACACCAAGGCCAUCACUGCCCUGUCCUUCAAGGACGAGAUCGUGGGCAAAUAGUAGUAGUUGUAGUAGUUGCUAGCCGCCGCUAGAAUCUAGGCAAUUCGUAAGCUUUGUGACCAACGUGUCACCAUCGACAGUUUCCUGCUAAGUUGAUUGUCUCCCGUUGGGCGGCGUUUUGGCGGAUUUUCCUGUGGGUUUCCCAAACAGCAGUACAGCUGCUGAAUGAUUGAUCUACCAAGGUCCCAAUAAUUCAGUCAUUCUAAUAAUUAGCUGGCUAAAAUCCACACACAAUUAAUGGCAUUUAAAUACUAAAGUGAGUAGCCACCAAUUUAAAUAUCUAUUAAGCAUCAGGGAUUUUUAGUUUCUACCCUUUCGUUAAGCUCAAAGUUUUGGUUUAGUUUACGUUUCCAAUUGGAUAAAUGAAAAUGUAAUUCAUAGUGUCAAGAGUUAUAUUUGAAAAACUGCCAGCAAUGCUAUUGCUAUCUUAACACCGUAAAAUCAGCAAGUAUCUCAGACUUACAACGAACACUGGAGAUCGAUUAUCCCACACAAACCGCCAACCCGCCCGAGACAAUCCGCAAGGAACAAGCAAUUUGGCAUUUUUUGAGGGCAGUAGCAAGUAGGGAUAGUAGCGAUGACUCCGUAUAGGCAACACAGCAACCAGAACUGAAGCAUCAACAAAAAAAAAAAAAAAAACAACACCCACAA